GUCAAAUUUCACUGUUGUGGGUUUGUUGUUAUUUACACCGGUGGAUUACGAGAAGCCAAUCGUAAUCGUUCGCAUUGAAUUUAGUGAUAUUUCUCCGGUAAAAUGACUACAUCGGCCACUCCGAUGGCCGCAGUGGACCUGCUGCAGCAGGCUCUCAAUUCGAACAUCAUUCCCAAUCAGGAGUACCUGUUGCAGGGUUCGAUUUUGGAUUCGGCUGCCGAACAUUUGCUGCAUCGGUUGCGUGGAUUGUGUGAUAAUGUUGAUACAGGACCGGAAGCAUUUGCCGACUACGAGAUGUGCCUCAGUUUGAAGGUGCCCAAUGAGAAGACUCCCGUAAUGACCGUACGCGUUCGCAAGGCCCAAGACACAGACGCCCCGUACCAGCUACGAUACAUCGGCCAACCGGAGCUGGGCGACCGCAACCGCCCCACUCUGGUCCGCAGCAGUUUGGACAUUGCCUGCACUCCGCACGUGGUGGACUUCCUCACCGAAAUGGGCUUUCGGGUGGACUUUGAGUACAUCACCAAAGGCUACAUGUUCCGCAAGGGCCGGAUGAAGGUUACCGUGUCGAAGAUCUUCAAGGUCAACAGUUCGGAACCGAUCUCGCAGAGCUAUCUGGUCGAGCUGUCCGUGUUGGCUCCGACCGGGCAGGACGUCAUCGCCGACGAUAUGCGAAUUUUCGCCGAACAACUCAAGCCGCUGGUCCAACUGGAGAAGAUCGACUACAAACGAUUUGCGCAGAUGCCCUGAAUCACAUUGAAUCACAGAUGCCCUGAAUUGACAUUUGCGCAUUGACUUCCAUUAAUUUUCUAACGUGUAGGUACCGCUUAAGAGAACAUUAAAGAGUAAUUAGCCGAAACGAGUAA